CCGCGUGAAACAAAGUGUAGUGUCCGCGAGAGCCCGUAGGAAGCGAAAAGAGAGCAACCGGAGAGAGAAUGGAGCUUCUGAAUCCACACCAGGAGGAAUAAUAAUAACAACACACUAAAGAGAGAAAUAAAGAAGACUGAAGACGGAGGAGAGGACGGAGAACACUCGCAGGAAAAACUUUUCCGGGGAAAAACUGUUACAGACUCUCACACGGCCACGUUUGAAAACAUGGAUACACUUUUCCCCGUAUUCCUGGGACUCCUGUUUCUCUUUUCGGCUAACGUGUCCGGGCAGAUACCGACAGGGAGCUGCAUGUUCGAUGAGGGUCUCGCAAAGUGUGACUACCAGCAGGAUCCCUACGAUGAUAUUGACUGGACGCACAUCAACACACAGGAAGUGGCGUACGUCUCUCCAGAACUGCCCAAAGGUACCUACAUGUACGUGGACGUCUCGCAGCACGACAAGGGGACGAAGGCCAGGUUUCAGCUGCCUGUGAUGAAGGAGAACGACACUCACUGCAUCGACUUCAACUAUCUGCUCACCAGCCCCGGAGGCUUCAGCCCCGGCACCCUCAACGUCCUGGUGAAGGUAAACAAGGGUCCCUUGGCCAACCCUAUAUGGAACGUGACCUCCUACACUGGUAAAGGCUGGAUGAAGGCAGAACUCGCCGUCUCCACCUUUUGGCCCAAUGAAUAUCAGGUCAUUUUUGAAGCCGAGGCUUCGGACGGCGCCGGCUUCAUCGCCAUCGACGACAUUCAGGUGCUCAGCUAUCCGUGCGAUAAAUCUCCUCACUUUCUUCGUCUCGGGGAUGUGGAGGUGAACGCCGGACAAAAUGCCACAUUUCAAUGUAUCGCUACAGGACGAGAAACAUCCAACAACAAACUCUGGCUGCAGAGGAGAAAUGGAGAAGAUAUUCCCGUGGCUCUGACCAAAAACAUCAACCACAGACGCUUCGCCGCCACCUUCCACCUUAAAGAAGUCACCAGUCAGGACCAAGACCUGUACCGCUGCGUCACCCAAUCAGAUCGCGGCUCCGGGGUUUCAAACUUUGCGGGUCUUAUCGUCAGAGAGCCUCCGCACCCCAUCGCCCCGCCCCAGCUGCUGGGUGUCGGCCCCACAUAUCUGCUGAUUCAGCUGAAUGCUAACUCCAUAUUUGGAGAUGGACCUAUUAUACUCAAAGAGGUUGAGUACCGCAUGACAUCAGGCAGCUGGAUUGAGACUCACGCCGUCAACUCUCCAAACUACAAGUUAUGGCAUCUUGACCCCGACACAGAGUACGAGGUCCGAGUGUUACUAACCAGACCAGGAGAGGGUGGGACGGGCAAAUCUGGACCCCCACUCAUCACCCGGACCAAAUGUGCAGAACCCAUGCGGACUCCUAAGAGGCUGAAGAUAGCUGAGACUCGGUCCCGUCUGAUCGCAGUGGAUUGGGAGUCGUUGGGCUACAACAUCACUCGCUGUCACACCUUCAACGUCACCAUCUGCUACCAAUACAUGACCGCCAACAACCGCAGCAAAGCCGGCUGCCUGGACAUGGACCCUAAAGCACCGCGCCACCUGGUUGGAAACCUGCCGCCGUACACCAACGUCAGUCUGAAGAUGAUUCUGACCAAUCCCGAGGGGCGGAAAGAGAGCGACGAGACCAUCAUACAAACUGAUGAAGAUGUCCCAGGCUCAGUUCCCAGUCAGUCUCUCAGAGCCACUCCAUUUGAAGACCGAAUUCUUCUUUACUGGAAGGAACCGACUGAACCCAACGGAAUCAUCAUACAGUAUGAGAUCCACUACAGUGGGGUGCGUUCGUUUGACCCCUCGGUGCCUCUCCAGCGGCCGGGGCUUACAGUGUCUCUGCCCUCCAACGCCACCCAUCACCUGUUCUCUCAGCUCCACCCAGGCGUCACCUACCAGCUCCUCAUCCGCGCCUCCACCUCCAAAGGGUUCGGCACUGCGACCACACUCAACGUGACUACUAAUAUUUCAGCCCCAACAAUUGAUGAGUAUGACGGGUCAGAGGCUUUUCUGAAUGAAACUGCAACAACCAUUACCGUCCUGCUUAAACCUGCCCAGGCCAAGGGAGCUCCUAUAAGUGCGUACCAGAUUGUGGUUGAAGAAGUGAAUCCUCGAUCACGCCGUCAAGCUUCUUCUGACUGUUACGAGGUCCCUGUGUCCUACCACAGUGCGUCUAGCGGUGGAUCUCCAUAUUAUUAUGCCGCCCAGCUGUCCCCCAGCAACCUGCCGGAGCCGCUGCCCUUCACCGUCGGAGACAACAAGACGUAUCAGGGUUUCUGGAAUCCUCCAUUGGCUCCGAGAAAGAACUACAACAUCUACCUUCAAGCUGUUAGCAGCACGGAGAGGGAAACUAAGACACAGUGUCUGAGGCUGGCUACUAAAGGUGCUACAGAGGAGCCAGAAGUCAUCCCAGACCCCGCGAAACAGACGGACCGAGUGGUGAAGAUCGCUGGGAUCAGUGCCGGUGUCCUUGUCUUCAUACUGCUGGUGCUGGUAGCCAUCCUAUUGGUCAAGAAGAGGAGGACCUACUAUUCAUACUCUUAUUACCUGAAACUGGCUAAAAAACGUAAAGACGCCAUCGGUACGACGCGGCAGGAGAUGACUCACAUGGUCAACGCCAUGGAUCGCAGCUAUGCUGACCAGAGCACUCUGCACGGAGAGGAUCCCAUGGCUGUGACGUUCAUGGACUCACACAACUACAACAACAGAUAUGAGAACCACAGUGCCUCUGCAGCGGAGAACAGCCGGCUGCUGGACGUUCCUCGGUAUCACUGUGAAGGAACCGAGUCCCCCUAUCAGACGGGACAGCUGCACCCCGCCAUCAGAGUGGCCGACCUGCUGCAGCACAUCAACCUGAUGAAGACCUCCGACAGCUACGGCUUCAAGGAGGAGUAUGAAAGCUUCUUCGAAGGCCAAUCGGCCACUUGGGACGUGGCCAAGAAGGAUCAGAACCGCACCAAGAACCGCUAUGGGAACAUUAUAGCAUAUGACCAUUCAAGGGUUAUUCUCCAGCCCAUAGAAGACGACCCCUCCUCCGACUACAUCAACGCCAACUACAUCGAUGUAAGUGGAAACGCAUCGAAUGCUACUAUUGGCUCCCAACGAAACCAACGAAACCACACUCCCUCGCUCAUUUGGCUGUACAGGGAUGGCUACCAGAGACCAAGUCACUACAUUGCAACUCAGGGUCCUGUUCACGAGACGGUGUAUGACUUCUGGAGGAUGGUGUGGCAGGAACAGUCAGCCUGCAUCGUCAUGGUUACCAAUCUGGUGGAGGUUGGAAGGGUUAAGUGCUAUAAGUAUUGGCCCGAUGAUGCUGAGGUGUACGGAGACUUCAAGGUGACCUUUGUGGAGGUUGAACCUCUUGCUGAAUAUGUGGUUCGCACAUUUACACUGGAGAGGCGUGGUUUCAAUGAGGUGCGGGAAGUCAAGCAGUUCCACUUCACAGGCUGGCCGGAUCACGGAGUUCCAUAUCACGCCACGGGACUACUUUCCUUCAUCCGCAGAGUUAAAAUCUCCAAUCCGCCCGCUGCUGGGCCCAUUGUGGUCCACUGCAGUGCCGGAGCAGGGCGUACAGGCUGUUUCAUCGUCAUUGACAUCAUGCUGGACAUGGCGGAGAGAGAAGGAGUGGUGGACAUCUACAACUGUGUGAAGGCUCUCCGCUCUCGGAGGAUCAACAUGGUACAGACUGAGGAGCAGUACAUAUUCAUCCAUGAUGCCAUUCUGGAGGCUUGUCUGUGUGGAGAAACAGCCAUACCGGUCUGUGAGUUCAAAGCUGCUUUCUACGAGCUGAUCCGCAUCGACUCGCAGACCAACUCGUCACAUCUGAAGGAUGAGUUCCAGACGUUAAACUCGGUGACUCCUCAGCCUCAGCCUGAAGACUGCAGCAUCGCACUGUUGCCUAGAAACCAAGAAAAGAACCGCUUCAUGGACGGUCUUCCUCCUGACAGAUGCCUCCCCUUCCUCAUCACAAUAGACGGAGAAAGCAGCAACUACAUCAACGCUGCUCUGAUGGAUAGCUACAGACAGCCUGCUGCGUUCAUCGUUACCCAGCAUCCUUUGCCGAACUCUGUCAAAGACUUUUGGCGUCUGGUUUACGACUAUGGAUGUACCAGUUUGGUGAUGCUGAAUGAGAUUGACCUGGCUCAGGGUUGUCCUCAGUACUGGCCAGAGGAGGGCAUGCUGCGCUACGGCCCGGUCCAGGUGGAGUGUAUGUCCUGCUCCAUGGACUGUGACGUUAUCAGUAGACUGUUCAGAGUCUGCAACCUCACCAGGCCCCAGGAAGGCUACCUGAUGGUGCGUCAGUUCCAGUACCUGGGGUGGGCGGGACACAGAGAAGUGCCCGCCUCCAAACGCUCCUUCCUCAAACUGAUCCUGCAGGUGGACCAGUGGCAGCGUGAGGGGGAGGAGGGGGAGGGGAGGACCAUCGUGCACUGCCUAAAUGGAGGUGGGCGUAGUGGAGUUUUCUGUGCCAGCAGCAUUGUGUGUGAGAUGGCUAAGAGACAGAGUGUGGUGGAUGUGUUCCACGCCGUGAAGACCUUGAGGAACAGCAAACCCAACAUGGUGGAUACUCCGGAGCAGUACCGCUUCUGCUACGACCUGUCACUGGAGUUCAUCGAGUCCUCCUAAACAGAGGAGCGAAGAGGAGGAGGUGAAGAAGAGCAUCUCUUCGCUUCCCGUGUGUUUGAUCCUUUGCUUUUGCUUGGUCCCGACCCCACCCCCCCCCCCCCCCCCCCCCCCCUCUGUGGGGGCCGUUCUGUAGCACCGUCCCUACAGAUGGAACAAGCGAGACCCAUUCCUCUUGUUAAGUAUCCAACAAAGGGAAGACUUUUACCAGAAGGAGAUGCUGGGAGUGCAACAGAGCGGGGGGGGGGCGGGGGUGUUACUCCUUUUACUUCUUCAUGCUUAUUGUACAGCUUUUUGAGUGCCAGCGGGCCCCUGUAUGUUUCGGGCCCCAUUUAAAUGUUUAACCUCUCACCACAGCCCCACUCUCAUGGACUUGAUGCCUCAUGCUGUUCAGCUGCAGAGCUCCAUGUGCACUGCAGAUGUCUCCCUCGCCUCCUGUAAGCUGCUACCACAGCUUUUAAAAAACAGCACGUUUUCAGCGGCCCCUCAUUCCUGCUCUCAUGCUCAUUUCAGAGUAACAGUGCGUCUCAUCAUGGUGAUGUUUAAUCUGCAGCCGGUACUCUUUUAUAAGAAAAAGAAAUGUAAAGGUACAGCCUGGCCACACUCUUCUGUUUUCUACUCCAUAAAUCAGCAGCAUCUUCAUUUUAUUUGACUGAGACAGAACAUUAUUACGUAUUAAAGUACUUAAAAGCCACUUAAAACCCAUUUUCCAUUGCUUACGAACAGUAGAUUGUCAGAAAACAUAGACCCUAAAGUCAAUGAAAGUGUGCUAAUUAAAUGAAGUAGCAUCUUAGGAACAAGACUGACAAUGAAACACAAUCGGAAAAGUUUACCUGCGGAGUAUUAGGCUUUUAAUUUCUUUUUACAAUAUCAUGAAGUGGCAACUUGAAAAUGUGACAUGUAGGAUUUUUGCUAAAGUGUAUACGUAAAAAAAAAGUGUGAAAUGUAUCAUUGUUUAUGUUUUUCUGCAGUCACUGCAGAACUGAGUUGUUGCAUCAUUGUUGAUCUACUGGAUAGUAGAUUUGAAGUCUUUUUUGUACCCUAAAUUGUACGAUUUUUUUCAACCAUAUAACAUUAGCGUACUCAUGUUUGUUUCAGGGCUGGGCCCAAUGCACUUUCAAUUCAGCAAAGUCACAAAUGGGACAUUUAAUUUCAAAAACGAAAGGAGAAAAGCGGCUUAGACACAGAGAAUAAACGCUCUUUCAUGAAGCGUUGAAUUACAGUUUCCAUUUCUGGUUUGAAUGGAAUUGGAAGUGAACUGACCCCAGGCUCCAUUUGUUUCGUGCACUGGCGGCCAACACUUUUUAUUAUUCUUUUGUAGCUGAUGUUUAUUCAUAAAGCCAAAGACUUUGUGUAAAUAUGUCUAUAUGGAUAAAGCACAUUGUUUGUAUUUAUUGUUUACUUGCAUUGCUUGUAAGAACAAUCAUUCUUCAUCCUAUGUUUACUCUACCACCAGCGCUUCUUGAACUGUGGCUCGGGACGCAAAAUGAGUGGGUUUCCUUCGGAGGGUUAACGUAUGAGUAGGAUUUAAAUGAGCCCAUAAUGGGUCCUGAUUCCUGAGGUAAAAAAUACUAAAUCUGCUCAAUUUGAGUCCAUGAAGAAACGUUUAAGAACCCCUGAUCAAAGCUGUAUAUUAAAGCAAUAGACGUAGUUUUUCAGUAUUUAGGUGGAAUUCAGUAUUGUCUUGUUUUCACGAAAUGAAACUCUGUGAUGUUACUGUGGUUUAUUUGUGUAAAAGCCCAUUGCUCUGUUUGUGGUCAGUAGAACAUCAGUGCAUUGAUAUGCACAGAGUAUUUUGGAUAAUAGCUUGUAUCCCUCUUAGCGUCUUAGCGGGGAUGAGCUGUUUAUCUUCAUCCUCAUAUCCUGCUCACCAGUAUCCCUGAAUGCACACGGCUCAGUGAUGCAAACAGGCUCAGUGAGUGAAACAUGCAGGACUGUGGAACAAAAACAUUUAUUGUGCCUAAUCAUUUGAAUUUCCUUGUUGAAAUUAGCAUUUGAACAACAUCUUAGAUUGCAACCAGGCUCCGUUGAAUGCAUUCUCAAUGUUUUGAAUACCUUUUGGAUCAUGAUUCAGUGUUUUAUUCAUCAGAAUGCUUCAUGAAUUAUUGAGUCUUUACAGUCUUUACUGAGUACCAGUUGUGUUUCUGUUGUGCACAAACUGAAAAAAAACAACUUUAUUGUACAUAAAACGUCAGAGGUCCCACUUGGUUGGAGCAAGAGUAGCCCAGGUCUACUGUUGCGGAUGUUAUUGUAAAUAGGCUAUCAUGAGGACUCUAAAAGGCUCUAUUGUCGGAUGAACAGUAGAGGUGAUGGAUCAGAACAUUGGUUCUGUUGUACAUACAAAGUCAGAGAUUGUACACCUGUAGGACUCUACUUCAAAUUUUGACAGAUAUUAUUUAGAAAGCAUUAUAGCGUCCACUGAAUACAGAACUUUAUUCUGCUAGUGGAACAUCAAUUUUUUGAGGGUUUUUUUCCCUGCAGAUUUCUGGUCUGACCCAAAGAGGAGAGAGAGGCCAAAACACAACGUAAAUACAGUGAGAUUACAAAACGGAUGGCCCUCUCUACAGCAUGCAGAGACAGAAAAAUAAAUACAAGUAUGUCAAUAGAAGUAAACAAAUGUAAACCAACCUUCUUGACUACACACUUAAGGGAAAAACUAAGGAGCAAAUCCUGUUAAGAUGCCUGUAAUUCUUCCUUAAUAAAUCUGAAGUAACGGCCCUGAAGAGUGAAGCAGGUGUCCCAAUGAGAGGCCAUUCUGAGUAAUUGAUAUUCACCAUUCAUAAUUAUUCUUGUCUGUAAUGUUUGGCUUCUUUGCUGUAAUAAAGACCACUUCUUUAAUUAAAA